AGAAACGACGACGUGAUGGUUUAAGGGAGCGUAACUAAGCUGUCCACCGGGGCACUACAGCCAAGGGAGAGUGGAUCCGACCGAAAAAAUGCCCGGAGUUGGAUUAGCGAGAGCGAGUCAAGACCCCCAAUGGAGCCAGCUUAAUAAGGGCGGGGCGCGAUAUUAACGAGAGAAUAACAACUGGAAUAGUAAAAGAGUGUCUAACCCGAGACCAGGAAAAUAAUCAAAGAACGAUUCGAAAAGAGCGACGAAAGGAAGGAGGACUGGAGGAAAGGGGACCACAAUCUGAAACGACCAGGCCGGACUAAGCCGUAAUAUUUAAACGCCCCGGAGUCCGGGUUCCCAGCGGCGGUGAACCAUGGAUGAGAUCAAUAGAUGAAGAGAGAUGAAGAGACUUGUCUUUCCACCCCUCUUUGGCUUCGGUGGAGGGGGACAGGGAUACUCGAUCCAGGGGGGUCAUGCAGACUGCACGCUCUAGAGCGCCAUUUGAAACCGCACGAUUGGUGGUCGAAAGGGAUGGGCCUGCAGCCUGCAGCUCGUCGCUUUUUCCGGCUUCCCUUUGGGCAGACAAUGGCCUACCUGCUCCGCCCAUGGUCGCCUCAAAACUUGCGAGGGGGACGGACAGCUAGCGGGAUGGCGCGGGAUGGCCGCCAGGGAGAAAGGGUGGGAGAGGGUCUGGCCCGAUGGACAGUUCCAACAUCCAGUAAGUACUCCGUACGGUUUCUCUCGAAUCUUGAUAGUCUCCCGGCUCCAAACAUUCUUCGCCGUUCGGAUCCAAGACAAAUGUGGUCGCAGAUCAACAUGUGUUCGGGAAAGUACAUCCAGCUAUCGUCAUCAAGUACGGAUUUGUGCUCUGCUGCGAUCGAGAUUCAGGCCUGGCCGAGGUCAUUUCGCUUCGCGUUGAUCUAAGAAUAUCCGCCUUCCACCCCUCGAACCAGAGUUGAAUGAACUCAGACCAGGAGUUCGAAGAUUGCGAAGUGGAGUGAGAAGCAGGCACCAUUUAAAGUCGACUGUGGGCACGGAAGACGCAAGUCGGUCGGUUGGCCAUGAUUCACUGGA